AUGAGAUUUAAAAAAGGAGGCACGAGCCAAAAAAAGUUAGCUGAGGCUCUUAAAGUAAGCCAGCAGACUAUAAUCAGAUGGAAGAAAGAAAAAGAUCCCUUUCGUAAAAGAAAAAGAAAACCCAAAGAUUAUGGAAUUAUUCCUGAACUUCUAAGAUCUUGUAUUACCAAGAACAACACAAUUACUCAGAAUGAAUUAGCUGAUUUAGUUUCUAAGGAAAUAGGUCAGCAAAUAACACAGAAAAAAAUUUCUUAUAUUUUAAGAAAGAGACUUAAUUAUACCUACAAAAAACUUACUUUUCAUUAUACUCAGUUAGAUGAGGAGAAAGCCAAGGCAUUUAACGAAGAAAUUAAGCCUCUGUUGUUAGAAACUCCCUUUAUUGCCCUAGAUGAGUGUUCUUUUUAUCCUAAUCUUGACCCUCGCUUUGGUUAUGCUUUUAAGGGUUUAAGAGCAAUCAAUAAAAAACCCAGUAAUCAAGGAGAACAUUAUACACUUUUAUUUGCUGUUAGCAAUUUAAAGAAAAAUGGGAUUAAUCCUAUUGGAAAUAAAAAGAAUAUUCUUUUAAUGGAUAAUGCUAGAAUUCACCAUGCUUCGAAAAAGAGAAAAGAAGCAAAGUUGCCAAGUGUUAAAGAACAAAUGGCAAAGAAAAAUAUUGAGGUUCGUUAUAUUGUUCCUUAUGCUCCAAUGCUUAAUCCUACCGAAUUAUGUUUUAAUACACUUAGAAAAAAUACUGAAAGGCAAAGAUCCAGAAAUUAUGAAGGGAUGAAGUUGUCGAUUGAGAAAGCUGUUGAAGAGUUGAAUAAGCAAGAUUUAUCAGAAAACUUUCGACACUGCUCAAAUUAUUUUGACAAGAAAGACAGAGUAAGUGAAUUAGUUAAUAUUCGACAUAGUGAUUAUGCCAAUGGUCUACUAAAAAUAUUAGGCAAAGGCAAUAAGGUUAGAUAUGUUUUUUUACCUCCUUUUUUAGUAAGCAAAAUAACUAACCUUUCUUCUUUUGAAUAUCUUUUUACCACUAUUCGAGGCAAACCAUUAUCAAGGAUAUUGAUUAAUCAACUUAUCCAGCAAAGAGCUCGUUUAUCAGGCAUUAAAAAAGUAGUUAGUCCUCAUACCUUUCGGAGAACUUUCGCUACUCUCUUAAAUAAUAAAGGAGCUCAAUUGACCACUAUUCAGAAAUUAUUAGGUCAUAGUCAUAUUACCACUACCGCUUCUUAUAUUCACAACAGUUCAGAAGAGUUAUAUCAAGAUUAUAACAAAAAAUAUCCUUUACAAAAAAGAAAAGGAAUAACAGAAUUACUUCUGCAAAAUCUCAGACUAAAAGGACCGCUUUCUCUAAAAGGAUUUGUAGAUUUAGAAGUUAUCAAUUGUCGGCAUAAUCGAAUAACUAGCCUUGGUUUAUCCGAUUGUCAAAAUCUUCAUGUUUGUGAUAAUCGGUUCACUGAUUUAAAUUUCCUAAACACUAUUCCUAAUCCCGAAAAGCUGCAAGCCUUAGUAAUAUGUGAUAAUAGACUUCCUCCUACUGAUUUAAAUUGGGUUUCUCGCUUUGUCAAUUUAGAAUUACUGUUAAUAGGUAAUCACGGAUUAACCAAAAAUAAAAGUGGGCAAGAAAUUAUCCAACUCGAUAAUUAUCAAUACAACCUUUUUUAUGGGUCUCUAAAACCCUUACAAAAACUGAAAAAGUUAGUACUUCUUAACAUAAGAAAUACUAACGUCGACGAUGACUUAGAAUAUCUUCCUGCUUCAAUAACUCGCUUCCAUUUUGAAGGCAAUAAAAAAAUAGAAAAUAAACUUAGAGAAUAUGAUUUUGACCUUAAAAAGUGA